ACACGGAUGGAUUCUGGACCUCCGAUCUCGCUGUCUCUCUUCGUCAGGGUGAUUAUGAUUUCGGCCACAGCAUCUGCAGUCAACCUUGAAGGGGAACUAUUCAAGGACUUGAUGAAAGGCUACAAUAAGAACAUUCGGCCCAUGGAGAAGAAUGGGGACAUCACGCAAGUCGACAUCAAGAUGACGCUCACCAACCUCAUCUCCCUGAAUGAAAAGGAGGAGGUGCUGAUGACCAGCGUCUGGAUAGAAAUGCAAUGGUGUGACUACAGGCUCAGAUGGGACCAGCCACCCAGGUCUGCUCUGUAUGGGAACAUCAGCUCUGAGCUACGUGUCCCCUCCAAGAGCAUUUGGCUGCCAGAAAUCAUACUGGAGAACAAUGUGGAUGGACAGUUCGAGGUAGCACUUUACUGCAAUGCACUAGUGUCUCCUAAUGGCUGUGUGUACUGGCUGCCUCCUGCCAUCUUCCGCAGCGCUUGCACCAUCACUGUCGACUACUUUCCCUUUGACUGGCAGAACUGCACAAUGGUCUUCCGCUCUCAGACUUACAGUGCCAAUGAGGUCGAACUGGUUCUCAAACAGGAGGAUAACCAUACACUGGAGUGGAUUGAUAUUGAUCCAGAAGCUUUCACAGAGAAUGGUGAGUGGGUCAUCAGACACAGGCCAGCUAAGAAAGUCAUCAACACUCAGUACACAAAGGAUGAGCUUGAGUAUCAGGAGGUGGUCUUCUUCCUCAUCAUUCAGCGAAAGCCCCUUUUCUACAUCAUCAACAUCAUCGCUCCCUGUGUGCUCUUCUCCUCCCUCUGCCUGCUAGUCUACUACUUACCCGCCAAAGCUGGUGGUCAGAAGUGCACAAUGUCUGUUGCAACUCUUCUGGGCCAGACUGUGUUCCUCUUCCUUAUCGCUAAGAAGGUUCCAGAGACUUCGAAGGCAGUUCCUCUUAUUGGCAAGUAUCUGAUGUUUGUGAUGUCAGUGACCACCAUGGUCGUGAUGAACUGUGUGAUAGUCCUCAACGUAUCCCUGAGAACCCCAAACACUCACAUAAUGACAGACAAAGUCCGAAAGAUCCUCCUUAACAUCCUGCCUCGACUCCUGAGGAUGCAGAUGCAACCCUGGACACCAAACAAUGACAACACCUCUGAAACUGUAAAUGGUGAGACUCUGACAACAGGCAGGAACAAUGUGUUCCCGGUUCCCUGCCGACGUCGAAGCUCCAUGACCCUCAUCACUAAGGCGGAGGAAUAUGUGAUGAAAACAGCUCGAUCCGAACUCAUGUUUGCCAGACUCAAAGAAAGAAAUGGAUUGAUUAAAUCAGUAUUAGAGAAGCUACAUGAUGGGCUGGAUGGAGGCACAGCCGAGCAGCUUGGUGCCAGUCUGGCAAAGGCUUCUCCAGAACUGAAGCAGUGUGUGGCCUCCUGCAAUUACAUAGCUGAGACUGCACGACAGCAGAGCAACUUCCAGAAUGAGAAUGAAGAGUGGUUCCUGGUGGCCCGGGUGAUCGACAGGGCUUGCUUUAUUGUCAUGACCUCUGUGUUUUUCAUUGGCACUAUUGGGAUCUUCCUGAUGGGCCACUUCAACCAGCCUCCCUCCUCCCCUUUCCUUGGCGAUCCUAAGAAGUAUCUCCCUCCAUUAAACAAUCUCACUGAUAUAACUGAGAAUGGGAUAGGAGCAGACUUCCUGGGCUGA